AUGGCUGCCGCGACCGCUCUCUCCCAGUCAGGCUCACCUGCAGCCCUCAACAAUUCAAGACGGAAGGAGUCUCAAAAGGAAUCCGAUGAAUUACAGUGGCCAGGCAAGUUUGCCGAGAACGUUUCCCAGGUGGCUGAAUGGGCCGCUCAAGUCGAUGAAAGCUUUUCAAAAGUGACCUACGGUCUGAAAGACAUGAAUGAUAAAUACGGUACAACUUUCCCACCUCUUCGCACCUUCCUCAGCGAAUGGCAGGGAUACAACCAAAACGAAUCAUGGCGACUCCCAAGAAUGGCGGAAGGCUUCAGAUCCCUAAAGCGCGAUAUCGAAGGCUAUGUCGUCAGAUUCGACGCGUGGGUCCAGACAACGAGCACUGAACUCAAACAACAAGCUCAGGAUCUUCAAAAGGUGAUCGAGGACCUCCAGGCAAAAAUUGAAGAGUUGGAUAAGAAGAUCAUAGAGGCUACCGCCGCAUUAUUGGGCAGUGCUGCUAUAGAAACAGUCGUCGCUCGUUGGAGUGAUAGUCGCUGGAACAACCCUGCAAUAGCACUUGCCGAACGCAUUGACUAUAACACUCUCGAACAAACGACAGGAACUCGCGGAAGUCAUCGUCAGCAGGAGGCGUUGGCGCACGUUAAGACUGCAUUUGACGGACUGAAGCCUGACAUUGCACUGAUCUGUCAAAAGCUAUCCUUGUUCGGCGAGAUAUGGUCCUCCGUUCAAGCACAGACCCGAGCAUUCCAAGAGACCUUGAGGGGUGGUAUGGAGGCAGUUACGAACUUCAGAUUCAAGAAGGAUGUCGAGCUGGCACAGAAGCUUUGCACGCCUCUUCGUAAUGGCCUGGAAAGAUAUGCGACGCUAUUGGAGAAUCGUUAG